ACUAAUUCCAAAAUUCAAACGAUCCAACGAAGAAGAAGAAGAGAAAUCAACAAUGGAUGGUACUCAACAGCAUCGAUUACAUGUAGAAGAUGAAAUUGGGAAAUGGGGUGUGGUUCACGGCCAAACAAGGCGAAAAGGAACAGGAACGACUCGUCUUUGGCUAAUUGUGACUGCAUCUGGUCAAUCCCAUCUCGAAGAAGUUGAGAAGCAUUCCGUCAUGCGCCGUACGGGUCUCCCGAAUAGAGACCUCAGAGUACUCGACCCUUUACUCUCUUAUCCAUCCACCAUUCUCGGUAGAGAGAAGGCUAUCGUUGUCAAUCUUGAACAUAUCAAGGCUAUCAUCACUGCAAAUGAAGUUCUCAUGAUUAAUUCAUCCAAUCCUUUGAUGUCUCAGUUCGUUCAAGAUCUUCAGGACCGCGUUUCUUCCCCAAAGGACAUACCUCGUCAAGACAAUGCAGAGAUGGAAGAUGAAGCUGGUGAAAAGACUGUGCCUUUUGAGUUCAAAGCACUUGAAUCUUGUCUUGAGUCUGCCUGCAGGUGUCUUGAAUCUGAAACUCAAACUUUGGAACAUGAAGCGUAUCCAGCAUUGGAUGAGCUAACUUCUAAAAUCAGUACAAUGAACUUGGAGCGAGUCAGACAGAUUAAAAGCCGUCUAGUUGCAAUAUCGGGUCGUGUGCAAAAGGUGAGGGAUGAACUUGAGCAUCUAUUAGAUGAUGAUAAUGAUAUGGCUGAAAUGUAUUUGACUGAGAAACUUGACCACCACUCAAGGGAACAAACAUCUUUAGCUGAGGAAACACAAAAUGAAAUUGGCGAGGAUGAUGAUAAUGAUGACGAUGAUGAUGACCAGAGCCGGAUGAAAGAAGAUGGCUCGAAAAAUGACUCUGAAAGUUCGAUUAAUGUGGAGGAAUUGGAGAUGCUUUUAGAAGCCUAUUUUGCACAGAUAGAUGGUAUCUCACAACAGCUAUCCAAUAUGACAGAAUAUGUUGACGACACUGAGGACUUCAUAAACAUAAUGCUGGAUGAUAAGCAAAAUCAGCUGUUACAAAUGGGAGUAAUGCUGAGUACAGCGAAUAUGGUGAUAAACGCAGGAAUUGUUGUGGUGGGAUUCUUUGGCAUGAACAUUACCAUUUCUCUUUAUGACAAUGGUCAACCGAUACAGUUCUGGGAGACAACCUUGGGCACUAUAGGAGGCUGCAUUGUUUUUUACCUUAUUGCACUUGGUUGGGGUAAGAAGAAAAAUCUUAUCUAGUCUUUCUUUUCUUUUCUUUUUUACAAAAAGAGUAUAUGUAGACAUAUAUCUAAAUAGAAAAU